ACAAAACAAUUUUGUGCAAUCCUUGCGAUAGUGUGUUUGAUUGCAAAAUUGUCACGUUAAGUUUUCUGUGAAUUUCGCAACAUUUUGAUAAUCAUUUUCUUUAUUUAACACCAAAUUUAAAUUUGGUUUUUAUUAUCUAUAGUAGCCUUAAAGAAGAAAGCUUGCUUUAUUAAACUAAGAAGAAUGUCAUCACCUUGGGGAGAAGUAAAGGCCGUGGAGGUAACCAAUCUUCAAGAGAUUAUGUCUGAGGAAUUUGCCAGAGGUCUUCAGAAGCAGGAAGAGUUAGAAAUUCCCAAAGUUCAGAUUCGUUCGAAGGCUGUAGCACGGGAAACAAGGAUAGAAUAUUUGAACGAGGAACCCGUGGCUGGAUGUUCUAAGCCAAUAGAUCCUGGUGCACUGAUGGAUGAUUGGGACCUGCUGAAUGAGUGCAGCACACAUGCGGGUGGUAGUUCCGCGGACGCCAUACCAGUAGAGGUUCUGCGUGCGAUUGAAGAAGCUGAUCAAAAGCAAAUUGACUCCGAUGCUACAAUUGCGAAGCUACUUCAGGCACAGUUUGAUUCCGAUUAUGAUGAGCAACUCAAACGAGAGGAAAAUCACAUGAACAAAAACUCACGGGUAAAGAUUUCACUAAAAAAUUACCGUAUGGUACCGGAAGAAUUGUUAUACGACGAAGAGGGUAAGGAAAUACCAAUCGAUCCAAAGGCAGACUGGGACCGUUUCGAGACAAACGAAAAGGAGCAGAAAACGAUACCACGGGUUGGAUACAAAUUAAACAACGAUGGGGAAAUGGUAACCAAGCACAACCAAGAUAUAAAUGGCAGAAAAAAUGCAUGCAAGGUGAUGUCAUUUCCUCCGGAGUUUUCCACCGGUGAUGGAGCAGGUUUCGAUAUGAAACUAUCCAAUACCGUAUUUAACCAGUUGAAGUCACACUGGAAGAAAGGAACAAAGAAGCAACAUAGGGCGAAUGAUAGGAAAGAAAAUAUUGCCACAGCUGAAAUGGGACUAGAUGAACCAACUCGGAUUAUUCUCUAUAAGUGGAUAAACAAUCAAUUGUUGGCGUCUAUUGAUGGCAUUAUUUCGACUGGGAAGGAGGCGGUUAUUUUGCACGGAGAAACAGAUCCUUCUGAUCCGAAUUUGGAAAUAAACCAAAAUUACCCAAAAGAGGUAGCGAUAAAAGUUUUCAGCACUACACUGAAUGAAUUCAAACAGCGAGAUCGAUACAUCAAGGAUGACUUCCGCUUUGUCGGCAAGUGUUCAAAACAGAAUGCUCGAAUCGUUAUUGAUAUGUGGGCCGAAAAGGAACUGCACAAUUUGAACAGAAUGAAGAAAUUCGGUAUUCGGUGCCCGGAGGUUGUAGCGUUAAGAAAGAAUGUUUUGGUGAUGUCUUUCAUCGGGCAGAAUUUGGUGCCAGCACCAAAGCUUAAAGAAGCUGUUUUAAAUGAGGCACAGAUGAUCUGUGCCUACGAAGAGAUGGUUGAGAUCAUGCACAAACUGUACAACGAAGCGAGACUUGUACAUGCGGAUCUGUCCGAAUACAACGUGCUUUGGCAUGACGAGCAGUGUUGGAUAAUUGAUGUCGCCCAGUCGGUCGAGCCGGGACAUCCUGGGGCCUUGGAAUUCUUGAUGAGAGAUUGCAAUAACAUUAGCACCUUUUUCACUAAGCGAGGUAUUAGCGGAGUGCAGACCAAGGAAGAGUUGUUUUUCCGAAUCACCGGAUUGGACCCGUUGAGCCACAACGCGACCAUUCUAGAGCGAAUCCAUAUGAAAGGCCAGCCGGCACACGUUGUGUCCGCUAUCGAUGACGAUACUCCGGAGCAUUUCAAGCCGAUCGAAUAUCCAUUUGAUUAUGCCUGGAAAAAGGUUGAAAAAUUUAAAAGCAACAAAAAGAAGGGUAACUUACACUGCCUGCCAAACGAUAGGGACACUGGAAACAAUUUCGAAACAUUGUCUUCUAAGGAGGAACGAGUAUCAGUUUGAAGCAAACUCCCUAGACACCAAGAUAACUCAUACAAAAAACAGACUUAGGAUGAGAUCACAAGAUACGAUACGCUGAAACUUUUGCGAAUGAGUUUGAGCAAUUGCUCUGUUCGAGAAAAUAUAACACUUCGAUGAAAUAAAUUUGGAUUUACGAAGCCAACGGAAGCAAACAUGAAA